ACGAUUAAUCGACGAACGACACCUCAAUCGAAAUCACCACUCGCCAUUGUGAAUUCUUCCGCCUGUCGCAAUGGGUAUCUGGGACGCUUUCACCGAUAUUGUCGAGGCUGUGACGCCAUGGAGCGUUGUUGAGGCUGAGGCCCCUGCUGAGGAGCCCCAGGAGGAGACCGAGUCCAAGAACGAGUCCAAGGACGAGCCCGAGGAAGAGGCUGAGGAGGAGGAAGAGGAGGACGAGGACGAAGAUGACGAGGAAGAGCUCGUCGACCCCAAGGAGACACUUGAGGAAGAGUGCAAGAACUCUCCCCAAUGUGCCCCCGCCAAGCACCACUUCGACGAGUGCGUCGAGCGCGUUCAACAGCAGGAGAGUGAGGGUGGCGCUAAGGAGGACUGUGUUGAAGAAUUCUUCCACCUUGCCCACUGUGCGACCGCCUGCGCCGCUCCCAAGCUCUGGACUCAGCUCAAAUAAAGUAUCAAUAUCACUGGGUUGUCGGUUCCCACCACGACGGAAUGGCUACAUAUUCGUCGAAAAGAUGCCUAGAGCCGGAACGAAGCAAUCCUGCUCUCUCAUGAGGGCUAUCUCCUUGUACGAUUGCUCUUCAGUUGGAUGUCAAGUCGUCCAGAGGUUUAUCUGAUUGCGGCUCUCUGUACCAUACGCUCAAACGCCUGAAUAGAUUUCUUGCACACUAUACCUAGACCAUUGAUUGACUUUUGCACCUACCUGACCCAAC